GCCAUAGGGUUGAACGGAGCGGCCGGGGCCUGGUGUCAAGGCCUGGCCGCGUUCAUCAUGGCGGCCGCCGGGCUCCGGUUGGUGCUGCAGGAGCUGAUGCUGCCGCUCGGGGCCGCCUACGCCGCCGUGCAGGGGAUCGUGUUGGCCGCCAGCCUCAGGAACGGAAACAGGGGGGAACCGGACGGAACGGAACCGGAUGGAGACGGGAUGGAACCGGAGGAACGACGGGAUGGAGGCGAACGGGAGCGAGGUGAACGGGGAGCCGAAACGGGAGCCGAAACGGGAGUUAAACGGGGAAUGGAACCGGGAACUGAACCGGGAGUUGAACGGGGAAACGAACCGGGAAUGGAACCGGGAUCCAAACCGGGAUCAAAACGGGAUGGAGGUGAAGGGGGAAUCGAACCGGGAUCCGAAUAACGGGGAAUGGAACCGGGAAUGGAACAGGGAUCCUAACCGGGAUUUAAACGGGGACAUGAACCGGGAUCUGAACGGGAUGGAGCCCAACGGGAUGGAGAUGAAGGGGGAACUGAACCGGGAUCUGAAUAACGGGGAAUGGAACCGGGAUCUGAACCGGGAUCUGAACCGGGAUCUGAACGGGAUGGAACUGAAGGGGGAAUCGAACCGGGAUCCGAAUAACGGGGAAUGGAACCGGGAUCCGAACCGGGCUCUGAACGGGGAACGGAACCGGGAUCCGAACGGGAUGGAGCUGAGUGGGGAAUCAAACCGGGAUCUGAACCGGGAUCCGAAUAACGGGGAAUGGAACCGGGAUCUGAACGGGGAAUGGAACCGGGAUUUAAACGGGGAAAUGAACCGGGAUCUGAACCGGGAUCCGAACGGGAUGGAGCCCAACGGGAUUAAGAUGAAGGGGGAACGGAACCGGGAUCCGAACCGGGAUCAAAACGGGAUGGAACUGAAGGGGGAAUCGAACCGGGAUCCGAAUAACGGGGAAUGGAACCGGGAUCCGAACCGGGAUUUAAACUGGGAUCAGAACCGGGAUUUAAACGGGGAAUGGAACCGGGAUCCGAACGGGAUGGAACUGAAGGGGGAAUCGAACCGGGAUCCGAACCGGGAUCUGAAUGGGGAAUGGAACCGGGAUCUGAACCGGGAUCGGAACCGGGAAUGGCACCGGGAGCAGCCAUGGAGCCCUAUGGGGCUGUGGGACCCCCCCGGACCCCUAUGGACUCACUGAGACCCCUAUGGAGAUGUGGGACCCCC